AAGCAGCUGAGGAGAGAGCAGCAGACGCAUCCACCAUGUCCGACAAACCAGAUUUUGCAGAAAUUGAAACAUUUGACAAGACCAAGCUGAAGAAGACAGAAACCAGAGAGAAAAAUCCAUUGCCCACUAAAGAAACUAUUGAACAGGAAAAGCAAAGUGAAAGUACAGCCUGAGCGUAUAAUUGAAGAUGUGACUGCUGCUUCUUCAGUGGGGUUUUGGCUUCCAAGUCGGGUUGUUUGUUUUGUCCCUCCCACCCCCCAAAAUGGGUUUGUUGCCCAUUUAUUUUAGCAAACAUUUAAUGUUCCCCGGGGAAUAAGUAUGGUUUGUGUUUGUUGAACAAGGUACUCUGUAUUCGUAUGCUUAAAACUGUAACCCCAAGUUCUGUAUCAACCCCAUCACUUGCCAAAAAAAACCCAACCAAGCAAUUUGCAUAAAAAUUGUUUUCCUAAACCUCACAAUAAACAGGUUUCUUCUGA